CCUUCCCCUUCACUCAUCAUUCAUCACCCACAAAGCUUCUUACUACGCUCUUUCAAUGGCCACUGAAGAAGAUACCAACCUCCCAUCACUCCCGCCCUAUCCUCAGAUGAUUUUUGAAGCGAUUGAUGCUUUGAAACAGAAAGAAGGUUCGAACAAAUCAUCGAUAUUAAACCACAUCGAAUCAACUUACGGUAAUUUACCAUCUGGAGGCACGGCGUUAUUGACGGAAAAUCUGAAGAAUUUGAAGGACAGUGGUGAAUUAGUGUUGUUGAGGAACAAUUAUAUGAGACCUGAUCCUAAUUCCCCAUUGAAACGUGGCCGCGGACGUCCUUCGAAGCCGAAGGAUCCGGCGGCGUUGGAGAAGAAUCCGGCAGCGGAGUCCGGGUCAGAGGUGAAGAGGGGGAGAGGCCGGCCGAAGAAAGAUCCGAAUUCGCCACCGGCGGCGAAGAAGGUUAAGAUUUCGACUGGUAGUGGUAGGCCGAGAGGGAGGCCGCGGAAGGUGCAGCCGGAGUUGACAGGUGUUGAAGUUAACUGACGACGACUUGUUUUAACGGGAAACUAAGUAUUUGUCCAGACUGAAAUGACUAAAUCCAGGAUCUAUGUGCUAUGGAGAAUUAGCAAUGUUCUUUUGCACUUUGAAAAUAGUAUUACUAGCUUCUUGUGCUUGUCUUUGCUCUUAAGGGUGU